AUGAACCUCAGCGCGGCCAAGCAUCGCAUAUGCCUGAAUGACGGAAACAGCAUCCCCAUCAUCGGGCUGGGUACCUACUCCGAGCCUCUAGCAACCAAGAAGGGGGACUGUGUGGCUGCGGUGAAGGCAGCCAUAGACGUGGGCUAUCGGCACAUCGACGGCGCCUAUCUCUACCGCAAUGAGCACGAGGUGGGGGAGGCCAUCCGGGAGAAGAUCGCGCAGGGAAAGGUGCGCAGGGAGGACAUCUUCUACUGCGGCAAGCUAUGGAGCACAAGUCAUGAGCCCACCUUCGUCCGCCCAACCCUGGAGAAGACACUCAAGACGCUUCAGCUUGAAUAUGUUGACCUUUACAUCAUUGAAAUCCCUAUGGCUUUCAAGCCUGGAGAUGAAUUCUACCCUAAAGACGAGAAUGGUCAAUGGCUAUAUCACAAGACUGACUUAUGUGCCACUUGGGAGGCUCUGGAAGCUUGCAAAGAUGCUGGCUUGGUGAAAUCCCUUGGCGUGUCCAACUUCAACCGAAGACAGCUGGAGCUCAUCCUCAACAAACCAGGGCUGAAAUACAAGCCUGUCAUCAACCAGGUUGAAUGCCACCCAUACUUCACCCAGCCAAAACUCUUGAAAUUUUGCCAGCAACAUGACAUCAUCAUCACUGCCUACAGCCCCCUGGGAACUGCCAGGAACCCAUCCUGGGUGAAUGUAUCUUCUCCACCUCUGUUAAAGGAUGCAUAUUUGAACUCACUGGGGAGGAAGUACAAUAAGACUGCAGCCCAGGUGGCCUUGCGUUUCAACAUCCAGCGAGGAGUGGUCGUCAUUCCUAAAAGUUUUAGCCCUGAGAGGAUCAAGGAAAACUUCCAGAUCUUUGACUUCUCCCUCACUGAAGAAGAAAUGAAAAAUGUGGAAGGCUUGAAUAAAAAUGUCCGCUUUGUGGAGCUGCACAUGUGGCGUGAUCACCCGGAAUACCCAUUUUUUGAUGAAUACUGA